AUGGCAACGUCAAUGCCCUUGUCAUCAGGGUCAAUCCUCAUCGGCUCAACCGUUGCUGCUCUCUGCCUCGCACGCCUAGGCCUCCACUUGAUGACGGCCUUGUCCGACCAGGGAACCCCCGCUCAAGGAGUCGUCUCGCCCAAAUCCGUCUCGGCUAGUUCAGUCUCGUACCGCGUCAAGAUCGACCCAAGCUACUGCGACGAACACGGUCGAGUCUACGGCGGCGAACUGCUCAAACUGAUCGACGUCACCGCCGGCGUCGUCGCAGCCAAAGCGGCCGGAGGACCUUGCGUCACCAUCUCGGCCGAUCGGGUCGUCUUUCUCUCCGAGAUCCUCGUCGGCGAUGUCGUCCUCCUUUCCGGUGCGGUCAAUCGUGCUUGGGUUAGUUCGAUGGAGAUUGGGAUCAGAGUCAUGAGGGAACGCUCUACCGAUCCGACUGGUCACCAAUCCUACUGCUGUCACGCCUACUUGACUUUUGUCGCCAAACCUACCCCAGCCCCUGCACCGACUUUCAUCACCUCCAUCGCCCGAUCCCUGGGCCUCGUCUCCCCGCCCAGACCCAUCAAAGCCCAAGUCCACCCAUCGAACCGCUCACGUCGAUCGAACACAAGCGUUACCUUUUGGCCGGUCGACGACGAGCGCACCGCAUCAAAAGCACUUCCAAGAACGACUCGACCCUGUCCGCGUUCCGAGCCCAGGUCUUUCAACUCGAACAAGAGUCGAAACAAAUCAGUCCACCCGAAUCAGAGGGCCUGACGGAAGCGGUCUUACUGGCAUUGCAGAAGGAGAUGAUUGUCGACGCUUGGAUGAGGAAGGAUCCCGAGGUGCAGAUCCAAGGUGAGGAUGUCGUAGUGGCGAUCGAAGGCUUCACGGAUACCGUCAAGAUGCCACUCAAGGAAGUCGAACGAAUCAGCCAGCUCAAGGGUCAUGGCGGCUAUCGACGAUUGACCGUUGGGAAACCCAUCUCGACGGCCAACACCCGACCUCAACCGUCCCAACUCCGCAGCUAUUACGACGAUCGAUCGCAAGGCACGGAUUCGCAAGCCCCCCUCGAGAUGAUCGACACCUUGAUCAUGUGUCUCUGGAUCGUACGAGCGCAAUUCGUCAAUUCUAAAGGUGUCCUCUUCGGCGGUUACCUGAUGCGAUGGAUCGAAGAAGCCUCGGCGAUCGCGGCGCGUUGUAUCCUCCCUUCCGUUUCUUGGUCUUCCGCUUGCAUCGAUUCCCUCACGUUCAAAUCGCCCGUCAUUCCGGGCGAAGUCGUUUACAUCCGCGCAUGCGUCAUCAAGGUUUUCGAUUCUUCGAUCGAGGUGUACGUCGUUGCUACGGCAGAGGAUAGGAAUUCACCCAAACCGGCGAUCCGCUUGGUCAGCGAAAGCUUCUUCACCCUCGUCGCUGUCGAUCCUUCAUCGGGCAGACCUCUGAAAGGUAGGUUAAGACGAGUCAUCGUUCCUCCAGGCCCGGCCGAAGAAGUCGUCAAGGAUGCCGAGAAGAGGCGCGAAUCGAGGUUGAUGGACAAGAUGAUCUUGCAAAGGUGGAUACAGCAACGCGCCUGGUCCUGGAAGGUUUCUAACCUUCACUGACCUUGGGUCUCCUCUUCCACAGGGUAUACGCCUUGAUCCAAAUUUUGUCUCGCAACAUUAUGUAUGGUCGUGGUAUGCAAAAGAUGCUACAGUUCAAGGUUGGACCAUUGGAGAUAGGGCUACAGAGAAAGGAAGUUGAAGCGCUAUCAAAGUACUGA